GUCAAAUAUCAACCGGAAAACAGAGUGUUUUAGAGAGAGAAAACAAUCAUGAGAACAAGCAACCAUCUGAUUGGCUUACUCAACUUUCUCACCUUCUUGCUCUCCAUCCCCAUUCUCGCCGGCGGCAUAUGGCUGAGCACGCGCGCCAACAACACCGACUGUAUGACCUUCCUUCAGUGGCCGUUAAUCGUCAUCGGCGUCUCCAUCAUGGUCGUCUCACUCGCCGGAAUCGCCGGCGCUUGCUACCGGAACACCUUCCUCAUGUACCUUUACCUAUGGGCUAUGUUCAUCAUCAUUGCUGUUCUAAUCGGGUUCAUUAUUUUCGCCUACGCUGUAACAGAUAAAGGAUCUGGUCGACCCGUAAUGAACCGGGUUUACCCGGAUUACUACUUGCAGGACUAUUCGGGUUGGCUUAAGGACCGGGUUGCAAGUGAUGAGUACUGGGGUAAGAUCAGAUCUUGCAUUCAUGAUUCGAAGGCCUGUGCAAAGACGGGUCGGGUCAUUGGUGGGUAUCCCGAAACUGCAGAUAUGUAUUACCUUCGAAAGCUAAAUUCCAUUCAGUCUGGAUGUUGCAAGCCACCAACAGACUGCGGGUACAUCUAUGUGAACGAGACUGUUUGGACCCCGGUGAAUGCAGCCACCCUAGCUAGCAAUCUUGAUUGUAACAGGUGGAGCAACGACCAAGAGCAACUAUGCUACAACUGCGACUCGUGCAAAGCCGGGGUGCUGGCGAGCUUGAAGAAGAGCUGGAGGAAGGUGUCAGUCAUCAACAUUGUUGUCUUGAUCAUCCUGGUGAUCGCCUACGUCAUUGCAUGUGCUGCCUUUAGGAACAACAAGAGGAUCGAUAACGAUGAACCUUAUGGUGCCACUAGGAUGGAAAAGGCACGACCCACGCGGAUACAUUUCUAGUCGAGUCAAUUGUUGUGUUAGAUUUCAAAUGAUUUGUUCGUUUGAUGGGAAAACGUUCUUUUGUUGUCGAAGGAUGUUUUGUUUUGAAUUCAAUGGUU